AUGACUAAAUAUAUUCUGAACGGUAGAUUAGAUAUUGAACCUCUAACAUCUGCUCGUAAUUUUCUCCAAAAAGCCCUCCGGGAGGCCAAAACUGAAUUAGAAAUUUCCGGUACCAUUCAGGCCUUUGAAGUUAGUUACGAACUGGCUUAUAAAACUUGUCGAAAAAUACUUAGUUUACGCGGAACUCAUGUUUAUACGACCAGAGAA